UAUAAACAUGAUCUAUUCACGAUCGUACGUGAUUUUUUAACCUUAUGGAGUUAUAAUCAAACCAAGCCAAACCUACUAAGUAAAAUUGACAGACUAAUUAAAUCAUCAAAACACGUGCGUUAUUAUUACAUGUCUACAAUUAUAAUAAUUGGUGCAGCUUUUGUAUUGAAGCCUUUAAUCAUAAUUUUUACUUACUGGAUGAAUUCAUCGGGACAAUCAAACAGUACAUUUGAUUUUUCAGUAGUUGUUACUCCACUAACAUAUCCUUUCUCGUAUGAAACGGUCAGUCGAUAUACAUUAUUGUUAGUGUAUGAACAAGUUAUAAUUUAUUUGGUUGUUUGUUAUGCGAUAUGUGAUGCUCUCUACAUUCAACUGAUGACACAUAUCUCAAUUAAUUUUUUGGUUUUGGCUGAUGAUUUUAAUAAUGUGAACCAAUGUAUUGAUACUGAUGACAAUGACCACAAUAAAAUCCAACAUUUAGCGAAACUGAUCGAUAAACAUCGCCAUUUGUUAGUAAUUUGUGAAAAAGUUGAGUAUUUCUAUAGUCCUAUUGCAUUUUUUACGAUAGUAAUGAACGGACUGGAUCUAUGUUUGUGUGUCAUUGUUGUAGAUAAGGGAAUAUCAAAAGGGAAUUGGCCUAUAGUGAUAAAAAGUUUCGUCCAUGCAGUCGCACUUUUUGUACAAAUAAUAAUGUAUUGUAAUUUCUCACACACGGCGACAGAAAUGGCUGCAAGUAUUAGACAGUCUAUUUAUAAUUCUGAGUGGAUCAAUAGUAGUAAGAAACUCAAAAAAAUGCUUAUGAUGAUAAUGAUGCGUGCAAGCAAAGAACAUAAUUUUACAGCGUACGGUAUUCUUGUUCUAAAUCGUGAGCAGAUGGCCAAGGUCAUACAAACGACAAUGAGUUACUUCACGCUUUUGAGGAGUUUCACAUAA